AUGGGACUGGACUCUCGCCGUCCCCCUCUACCCGCUCCUACGGAGUCCAUGGACGAGCACUCCGCCACGGAAACUGAGCUCGCGACCAACGUCACCGCCCGCACCGACAAGACGUCCUAUUCGAUCCCGGAGGACGGCAGCCCGAUUACCAUUUCGACCGGCAAGGUCAAGGACGCUCAGGGGCACCACGGCCGGACUAAGAGUCAGACGAGUCUGUUGAUUGAGUACUUUGAGGCUUCCAAGACGGGGGACAAGAGUCGGACGAGACCGAGCGUGAGGGUCAAGGUCACACCGAGCGCGAAGAAGCAGAGUCGGUCGGGGAAUGAGGCGAUACAGAUCACGGGCAUAGGGACGGAUCGCAAGCCAUCGUAUACGCGCCGCAUUUCUUUGGGCAACAGCGGCAAGCACGUUGAGACGGGCCUUGCGCCGCACGAGGGCACGGAGGUCAGCCAUUCUUCUGAAAGCAACGUCUCUGCUAGGCCGCCGGUUGAGAUUGAGGUCUUGCAUGGGAGUGACAUCUCCAACAAACGCUCUUCGCGCGGACUGAUGUAUGCACCGGUGGAAUCCAACGUCUCGUCAAUGCCUCCUGAUAGCUUGCUGGAAGGCGAGAAGUCUGCCGGUAUUGAUACCAGCCGCAUGAAGGGUCAUGAUGAUGAGGAAGAUGAUGCUACGCCGACGGAGUACCUACACGCCAAACACGGCUCGAAACCACGAAAGUCGAGCCGAUCGAGUCGAGAGCGGAGUACAAGCAAAGGCUACGAAUAUGAGGGUCAUUCACGUGAGCGGAGAAGAAGAUCUUCGCGAUCGCAGCGUGGAGAGGAGGAUACUGUGAGCGGUGCUGAGUCCAGCUUGCUGUCAUCCAACUUGGCCCCGAGUCAGAGAUCCUACCAAUCUGGAAGUUCACAGGCUUCACGCAUGACCAAUAAUCCAAAGCUGCUUGAGAUGGUCGAGAACACCAUCAAGCGUAUGAUCUUGCCGGAAAUCGAUGCCCUCAAGGAAGAUCAGAAAGUGGAUCGAAAGCUGCGCAAGUUCUCGGAGAGCGGACGAGACUCUGUGCCUUUGGUGGAUCGGGAUGGCCUGGAGCGGCGAGUCAGCAAGUCCUCCAGCACGCCAAACAUCUCUUCGAAGCCAAAGGUUGUGCUUAAUCGGGAAGGAGAUGAUCCUGGGGUUGUUCUGUCGAGAGGAGAUUCGGAGAGAGUGAAGCAUCAUCGCAAGUCGAGCCGUGAAGGCCACUCUGAGCGACCGUCUAGCAGACGUUCUUCGGGCCGUCAUUCUCGAGAAGGCAGCUACGAUGAUGCAGAGGAGAAGAUCAGACACAAGUCGAGCAGAAGCGGAAAUGGACUUCGAGGUGCGGCGGCCGCUGGUCUAGCUGGAGGUGCUUUAACCGCGGCGGCGUUGAAGCACCAUGAUUCUCAGGGCGAUAUCCAUCACCGACGUAAGAAGCGCAGCAAGUCCCGUGGCAGCCGCAACCGGUCUGCGAGCAUCAACGAGACGUCUGAGGAAACUUACCUGAAAGAGCCCAUCCCACCAAUGCCACUCGCAAGCCAGAUCAAUGAUUCUGAUGUGACGCGAGAGAGCAUUCUGUCUCAAGGUACCGACAAUCAGCAUUCCACAGGAUCGGCGACUCCUAUCAGAGAAGUAUCGCGAGGGUCACUGGACAAGUCCGCAUCACCUGCUUCUUCGCGCACCCCAACGAGGACUCCCACCGCGCAGAACCUUGGCAUGAGUUUGACGAAUCGGUCGAUUGAGAGCCCUCGAAGCCCGAAGAGUCCAACGUCGAACAAAGCUCGUUUGGCGGCACUUACUGCUGCUGGGCUUGGAGGUGCUGCUGCCGCUGCAAACCGGAACCACGUUGAUGCAGAUGGGUAUGGAGAGAACGUACCGCAGCGGAAGAUCAGCAGUCCGGUCCAGAGCGUGUCGAGCUUGAGGAAGAACUUUGAGGACGAACCACUCAUUCCUCAAGCACUGCGACCACAGAGUGCUGCAUCGCGGUCGUCUGCUGGACGUUUGGGACACAGUCAAAACUCUCAGACUUCACUUCGAUCUGCGGAAUCAUCCCCCACGACCAAGCUUGCAGAGUCUCGAAAGGUCUCCCAGAACGUCGGCGAGGAGGACUUUGAGACGCCCCUUGAGCAGCCAGCUCCUGCUUUUGCUCGUGAUGGCGCUCAGACACCAAGUGGCGAGACUGCGGAUGAGUGGUUCGAGCGACAGCACCUUGUCAAUGACCGCUACCGUGACUCGAUGGAGGGCGCAACAAACAGAGACUCUUACCAAACGAAUCCAUAUCCCCAAGACGAGAAGCGCUUCACGAUGACUACUGACGACAGUUUCGAUCGGGAACUGGAGGAUGAAGAUGGUGAAGAUAAAGAUGUGCAGCAUCUUGGCUUGAACCCCAAUUACGUCCACACGCCGGUUGCCGUCGAAUCUGCUGUGGCUUCGCUCAUGGAGCCUUCAACCAUCAGCAGUAAUAUGCUCUCUUCGAAUGGCAGUUCUUCCAAAGCCAAUGGAACGUAUAGCGAUCGUAUGGCCGAGCAACUUCGAAGCAUGGGCAAGGACGCACCCCCAAUGUACGAGGGCUCGACCAUUUCCCAAACCAUGCCCAGCUCGGCUCGAUGGGCGGCGAUCAAGGGCCAUGCACGCAACAUGUCCGGAUCAGUCGAGAACAUCAAUGACGCGAGCCCAUCGAAGAGUCCACGACAGGAGCGAUCAAUCGAGCAGCCUGUUAUGGGUGCGAGUGGUUUGCCUCUGGCCAGUGAUCCUAUGCCAGAGAUUGGACACUUUGAUGAUUCGAGAUCAGAUCUGGAGACGAACCCAUCCAUCAUUCAAGGUCCGUUGGGCGGCGAUGCUACCGGCAAGGACACAUGGCCGUACACUCCUGAUCCACACCAAGAUGCUCAGUACCGUGACUCCCAGUCUAUGAAGAGCGUGGGUGGACAGGAUGGAAUGCUUGCCGCUGCAGCUGCUGCGAACUCUGCACGCCAACCUACUGUGGAAGAUGAGCAUAAUCGUGACAUGGACCUCAGUCGAGAUGCAACUCCCACUUUCCGCGACGAAGGUUAUGUCACUGACGGUCGUGCUCGUUCUGCUGGCGGCAUCACGCCCAAGCCAGAGCAUCAGCGAUAUGGCAAGAAGGAUCUUAAGGAAUAUGCUCGCGCAAUGGAUCCUCAAGAUCUCGGGGAAGAUCCCUUCACUGGUGAUGCGAAGCACACUCGUCAUUUCAGCGGCAAUUCUCAUGGAAUGGACUCGCCUUUGUAUGACAGCUCCACCGGCAAGGGCAUGGAUCGCAUUGAGUCCAAGGAUGUUGUCGCGUUGAUGGACCAUCUCACCGUAAGAGACGCACAGCGCAAUGCUCGCGAUACCGAGAUUCUGGUGACACUGGUGCGAAGCGCUGCAGAGAUGCGUCAGAACUUUGACGAGAUGAAGAAGAUCAUUGUCGAGCAGGACAAGAUCAUCAUGCAGAACAUGGAGCGCAACUCGGAGCAGACAGCACACAAGGUGUUGAACAGUCCUCGUGCGCAACCGAUUGCAUCUCCACGCAUCAUACGUCGACCAGAACAGUCUGAGGAAGAUAUUCAGACCAAGCGAAAGGGUGUCUUAAAGCGUGCUCUGAAGGGUCUGACUGGUGGCAAGAGCGGAAAGGAUCUUGCCAGGAUUGAAGAUAUGCUCAUGCAAAUUCUUGACAAUGUUGAAGAUCUGAAAGUCCAGCAUGGCGGCAGUGGUGGUUCGAGAGGGUUGGAUCGCUCGAUGACCAAUGACAGCCUGGACUCCUACGAGAAGCUACGGAAUGCUCCUGAUUCUGGUUAUGAGCCGGAAGGGCAAGCUGGAACUUCGAGCACGCCUAGCCAGUCUGGUCACUUCAACGUCCCGCCGAGAGAGAAGCACCAGUUCCAUUCUGGCUAUGAUGGACGACGUGGGUCUGAGCAUCGGGUCAGCACUGUUCUGGAAGACGAUGAAGAUGAGCUGGAGCCACAUGAGACUCAUGUGUUGAACCAUCAAUUCGAGAACAACGAGCGGAUGUUGACGCCAACGCAAGAGAAUCAUCGUACACGUGGCUUGUCGCCUACCAACGACACACCACCUCAGAAUGUUGCGGCGUACAACAACACCCCGGACAAGCAGCGGAAGCACAAGAGCAACAGCUCAUCCUUGUUUGGUGUGCCAAAGAUCUCUCGCUGGUCCAGGACGACUGCAUCUUCUGCUGCGCCGGAUCCUGGUGCUCUCGACAGCCCCAAGCAGACACGUUAUCAGCGACCUUCAUCCGAAUCAUCGAGAUCUCGCUCUACAUUGGACCAGUAUGACGACGAUGGCUAUAGUCUGCGUGAAGAUGAUCGGCUGCGAUCGACGCAGAGCUUGGCCAAAGAGCAAGCGCAGAAGGCCACUCAAGAUGAGACGCGCAGCAUGCGUAGCCAAGGAAGCAGAUUGACGAGAACUCCAUCUCCCCUGAUCCCGUCCGAGGCGUCGGGCCAAGACGAGUACGAGUUGCACGACGACGAUCUGCGAGUCCCGUCCCCAGUUCAAGAGGACGACGAGGCGUACCUAGACGAUCCCAAGUACCACGCGCACCGCAACUCGAUCCUCCUACAACACCCCCAGCCUCGCGCCGGCGCAACCCCACGCCACCAAAACAACCUCGAAUCGCAAGCCCACACCUUCGACGACCACACCGGCACCAAUUCCGACCUCUCCCAGCGCACGGUGAGCGACUUCGAUCCCGCCGUCUGGGGCUCCUCAGGAACGGCCGGACUGGCGCGCCACCGCUUGACGCAGCAAGUGGAACCGAUCAGCCCGGUCAGCAUGGCGAGUCCACGGGGUGGAUACGGCGGCGGCACGCGCGACGACGGGCCGUUGGUCCCACAGCAGCAGGCGAAGAAGCCGGCUGUGCCUCCGAAGAUUCGGCAUGAUGAGCCUGACGAUGAGGAGGAUGAGUGGGAUGAGCCGCUGUUUAGUAAUAGCGGGUUCAGUAAGGGUGGUGGUCAACAAACUGGUGGCGGUGGUGCUGGUGGGUAUUACAGCAGUCCCUACGGCUCGGGACAUCUGCUCGAGCCGAUUGAGGAGGUGCGGUAUUCGUUGGAGACGGACUCGGGACGGCUUUCCCCCGAACCAACAGUCGCAUCCGCCAAGGCCGUCCCGGCGCGCAAGAUCACCGGUCCGAGGCCGAUGGGUAGUAGCAGUAGGAACUCGCAGCAGCAGCAGCCGAGAGUCAUUGACACGACAACGACGGGCACGGUGAGGAGGAAGCCGGUUCCUGGGCAAGGUUCGAGCGAUAGUCUUGAGAGCGAGACGUUUUGA